ACAAUAUAAAUCGGACUAUAACGAAUACUCGUCGGUUAUAUGAUACACAACUGAACCGUGGUCUGCUUUGCGGGAGCAUUAAACAAUGAGGGUUAGAACAGUUAAAAACAGGAAAGCUUCAAAGACUGGUUUUUGGAUGUAAAGGCAAACCAUCGACCUCAUGAGUACACAGGCACCUCUGCAAUAUCUGCAUGCACAUUUGGCUGUCACAGAGACAAAAAGCUAUGGAACUCACCGUGCGGUCAACGCUAAGAUACACCAAAAAGAAAUGUCGAGAGAUCUGCCAUGAAUCGCAGCCACGAAUGAGCAACGCGUCAGAACGCAUCAUGUUAGUGUUGUUUUCGUGGCUCGAUCAUUCCAAAGCCACCAAGGACCCGUGCUGCUCCUGUGAUCCACAUAUAAAAAGAGGCCUGAUUGUUCAUUCACCCUUCAUCUUCACCCACCAUCACUGCCUCGUCCUUUUGGAAUUUAUCACAAGACCUUCUACGCAGUCUUCAUGAACUUCAACCCACUCGAGGCCUCAUUUAUCCAGCCUAGAAUAGACAUCGAACCGAUGCCACCUGCACCUCGAAUGAGGCCAGUUGAGCUGCCCGACGACGAUGACAGGCACGAUUGGUAUAUCCCAGUAUGUGGUCAACUUCACAACAAUCAGUCACACUAUUUAUGCUGUAGUAGCAGAAUGCACCCGCUGAGGAGGGC